UUAAGACUUACAUGACAUGUGUGCCAUUGUUUAGUAAAGUGUAGCUAGAUCUAGAUUAGACCUAGUUAAUUGUAGCUUUUAUUUCUUCUUUUAAAUAACAGUAAAUUAAAAAUUCAAGAUCCAGAUCUAUGUUAAAAUGGUAGAUCUGGCCAAAGAGGCAUUCAGUACGAAUAAUUUCAGUCUGGCAGCUGAAAUUUACGAAAGAACUAUUCUUGAAAAUGGACCCACUUCAGAAUUAUUUUUGGGAUUAGCCGAUAGUUUUGCAAGAGCUGGUAACUUUUCUAAAGCAUUUGAAUCAUAUAAAAUUGCCUAUAGAUACGGGAAAGUGACUCCAGAAAAAUUGAAACAUUUAGUGAUUGGAUUAGUAGAUACAGUGAAACAAGAUUUACUCAACAUAUCGGGAAACAAAGGGAAAAAAAGUUGUAUGUUCAUUUGUGGAGUUUGUCGCGGCCUUUUAGCUGAUCCUGUCACGGUACCCUGCGGACAUACCUUUUGUAGAAAGUGUCUUGAAAAGGAUAAGUCAAGAACGUGUGAAAAUUGUGGAAUUGUUCACUAUAGGCUUAAAACACGGAGUUGCAAUUCAAAUGUGGUGCUGACUAAUUUGAUAGAAAAAUGGUUCCCGAAUGAACAAAAGGCUGCUCGGUUAAAACAAGAAGGAAAUGAAUAUUUUUCUAAGGGAGAUUUUGUAAGUGCAAUCGACGUUUACACACGGGCACUUGCAAUAGCCCAACAAGAUCAUCUUUUGCUUAGUAACAGAAGCCAUGCAUAUUCAUCACUUGACAGAUAUGAAGAAGCUCUUCGUGAUGCUGAGGCAGUUAUAAAAAUACGCCCAGAUUGGCCAAAAGGAUAUUUUCGUAAAGGCUGUGCUCUGUUUGGCCUUGCUUGCUAUGAAGAAGCUGCUGUUGCUUUCUUACAAUGUUUAGCUUUAGAUCAGAAAGUUGCGUCUGCUAAGGACUAUCUUUCUAAGGCACUAGAUAAAAUCCUGUCUGCUCUGUUGCCAGAUGACCCUAAAGCGGAAGCUCUUCAGCAAAGAAGUAAUCCAACUUUGCUACACAAGUUGAUUGAGACUAAUUUCACCUCUCCUAUUUUGCUACCUGAUAUUGCCAACACCCUGUGUGGCUUGGCACAAAUUGUUAAAGAAACCAUAAAUGUUGCUAGCAACUUUUCUACAGAACCUACUCCUUGUGUUGUUAAUAAGGAAGAAGAAGUCCAUAAAGUCCAGCCUGAUAUUAGUAAUGUAGAAGAGGAACCUUUAUCAGAAAAUCUCAGAUGGAGUUCCCUACCAGACUGUAGUUCUGUGGACCAUGCAGAGAUAAAACAAAUUACCAAACCCAGGUCACACUCUCCAUUGUUAUUAGCAUCAAGAAAACGAUUACGAAACGCGACUACUGCUCAGCAUCCUCAGCACCCAGCUAGUCCUAUCCGAUCCACACCUCAAAAACUUUUGAAAUCUACUUUGGAAAGCUCUUCAGCAUUUGAUUCUGAUGCAUGCCAAUUGAAGCCUGAACAGAAGAGUGUAGAAGACCUUGAGUGUGGACUCUGUUACAGAAUAUUCUUGGAGCCUGUUACAACUCCAUGUGGUCAUACAUUUUGUCGUAAAUGCUUAGAUAGAUGUUUGGACCACACAGUAACUUGCCCUCUAUGCAAAGGAAAUUUAGCUGAGUAUUUGGCAGAGAGAAGACAGUCUGUUACUGACUCUAUACAGUGUAUUAUUGAAACCUACUUUAAAGCUGAAUAUGCUGAGAGGUGUAGAAUUAACGAUGAGGAAAUGAUUGAACUUACUAAAAUGGGAAGUGGUCAACAGUCUGAUAUCCCAGUGUUUGUUUGCACACUUAGUUUUCCCACAAUUCCAUGCCCUUUGCACAUAUUUGAGCCCCGCUACAGGCUGAUGAUACGACAGUGUAUGGAAUCUGGCACUCGUCAGUUUGGAAUGUGCAUGCAUGUCAACGAACCUGGUAAAGAAUUCUCUGACUAUGGAUGUAUGCUAGAAAUUAGGGAUGUACAGUAUUUUCCUGAUGGAAGAUCCGUAGUUGAUACUAUUGGUGGCAGGCGUUUUAAAGUACUAAGCAGGGGAAAGCGUGAUGGCUAUAAUACAGCAAAAGUAGAGUUUCUUUUUGACAAACCAGUUCGCGAGGAGGAUUCACAAACUGUCAGUGCAUUGCAAGCAGAAACACACACUAUGGUAAAAAAUUGGCUUUUGAAAGUACCAGCUGGACAUCGCAAUAAAAUUAUGCAACAUUUUGGAGAACUUCCCGACUAUGAUGCAAAUGCACCUUUUGCUCCUAAUGGCCCGGCAUGGUUGUGGUGGUCAGUGGCAGUAUUGCCUUUGGAUCCACGAGUACAAAUUACUAUGCUUGCAAUGUGUAGCUUGUCUGAACGGUUGAUAGCAUUAAAAAAGGUCUUGGAGUAUUUAAACCGCAGAGGCAGUCAAUGACUAUCCAGAUUUUUAGCUGAGAAAGUCUUUUUGCUUGAGUCUCCAGCAACUGUUAUGAUACUCUUCUUCAUUGCAGUUCUUUUAGCCAUACAUUUUUAUGAUAUGCCAACCUUAGCCUAUAAUAAUUUUCUGAUCUGAUUCAUAUAUACUGUAUUUAAGUUAUUAAUAUUCAACCGUAAUCCCAUGGUUUUUUUAUUUUUUUAGAAAUUAUGAUUUUAAAAUAAAAUUUGGCUCUCCUGGUAUAGCUACUAGAUCUAAAUUUGUAGAGUGAGAUUAAAAGAAACUAUUUGCAUAAACACAUCAUGCCUUAUUAAAGAAGUUAUGAUGUAUAUUUCAGUAUGAUGUAUAUUUCAGUAUAUAAUAGGAUGACGAUAACAUUUUUGUUUUUUAAUUCCUUUGUUAAACAUUUUUAUGUUUUAAUAAUAGUAUAUCCAACAACUAAAUUAGCAGAGAAACAAAUAUUUUCCAGAAUUUACUGCAGCAGUUUGAAAUCAAAAUGUUUCCCCUAAUGUUUAGAUUACUUAAUUUGCCAUUACCUGAAAAAUCUUAUCUUCAUUCCUUUAUUCCUUUAGUAUAACUUGUUCGUGAUUCUUUAGUUUAGGUUUUGUUUUAAAUGUAACUUUAUUUGCAACAUUUUAUGAACAGCAGUUAAGACAUUUUUUUUUAAACCCAAAAUUCCUUUUACUGUCUACUUCCAUCUGUGGAAGAUAGAAUAUAACUUGUAUUAUAAUUAUAGACUAGAUCAGCUGAAUCCUUAGCCCGAGAACAAAAUUACCCAAAAAUUUGGUUAUUGGAUGAUAAAUAACUACAUCCAAGUAAGGAACUCUUCUGUGUAAGAAAAUGUAACAAUGGCUUGGUGACAAAUAUCUCUUGAAAAAAACAUUGUUUUCUUUUUAUAUCUUUAUGGCUCUUGUACACAUUGGAUAUCUUCCAGUUUUCUGGCCAUAUCACAUUUGUGCCAUAGUCUUAUACUGUUUUGAAAAUCAUUUUAAAUUUCUAAAGUAAAUGAUUUACCAAAUCUCCUAUGUUUUAAUGUAUAAUUAAUGAUUAUAAAAAUUGAUUUAUCAAGAUUUCCUCCUCUCAGUUUGUUUCGAAUGGUCAACUUUUGUUUACUGCACUACUUUUCUGUACAAUAAAUUAUUUGCUAAUGUUGUUUUAAAUGAAAAUACAACUCUUUUUACCAAAAAAAAAACAUACCCAGACUUAACAGAAAUGGCAUUAUUUCUAUCGCAAGAAUUCACUUCUAAUUCAACUGCUUUUGAUGCAAAAAAAAAAAAAAAAAAAAAUCCCCAUUAACAUAUCAAAACCCCACUCUAACUGAUAGUUAACAGUUUUAUUAACUUUUAUGCAAAUAAUGCAAAGCUGUUCUUUUGUAAUUGUUUAUUGCAAUUUUAUGCACCUACUUUUCAUAGAGGACUUAUAACUGAUCCCUUUAAAUUAUCUACUAUAUAAUUGGUUUUUCAGUGUACGAUUGCUUCCGUAUUUUUGCAAUAAAUAUUAAUUAUGACUGCUGCAUUGCAUGAGUAAAGUCUAAGCUUUAUUAAUCAGGAAACCUCUUGCCAAUAAUUUUCUUUCCCUUGUAUUGUUUCUCUAAAUAAAAAAAUCCUCAACGGAUUUUUAUAAAGAUGUGAUAUUACCAUGGGUUAAAAAUGCUAAAAACAACUGCAGUCUGCCAUCAUUGUUCUGUAAACAAAAAAUGAUGAAUGCACGGUUUUAUGCAAUUAAUCAAACUGCUCUAUGUUUUUGUGGGUGCUACUAUAUUAUAAAUACUAUUUUCUUCUUUAACUGUCAACAACACUGAUUUAACUUUUUCAUACCUUUGUGGUUUUAUUUUUUUUAAAUCAGAAAAUUCACUGCAUUUUUGUUAUACCUGUUUGGUUGCAAUCCCUUUUAAAAAUAUUUUUUACUAUGUUAUUUAUUAGCUGAAUCUGUGACACAUCUUUUAGCCAAAUCCAAAUAUUUAUUUCUGUUCAUAAAACAUUUUUAACAUCUUUUAAAAAAAAUUAUUUUGUACUUGUAUAUUCUGUAAUUAUGAAAAGCUUAAAAAGAAUUUGUUAAAAUGACUAUUUUUAAUGGUAGGCUUAUAGACUAAAAAAAAUGUCUAUUUGAAGACUCUGUAAUUAACAAAUAUAAUAUUUUUAUAUUGUUAUAGUUUAUACUUAAUUGAUUUAUGUGGUUAAAAUGAUUUAUGAACCCAAGUUUAGUAUAGUAUUAUUCCUUUUUGAAAGUGUGACAUAAAUUUAAGGAAAAAAAUAUUUAAUACACCUUAAGAAUGUACUGUAAUUGUCAUGUUUAUUAUUUAUUCAUUUAGUCAUGAACAGUAAAAAUAAAACAAAAUGUUCUUUUGUUUUGUGCAUAUUUGUGAAUUAAACAUAUGGUUUGGUC